AUGGCGGAUCAAAAGACCGAAGCAGUUGCAAGUCUCUUACAACCUGAAGCCAUUGAACCAUCUUCAGGUGAAGAAGUUCCCGAUGUGUAUCGAUCUCUAAAUUUCCGCAGUCUCCAGGAUCCCUAUAGUCAUAAUCAUGAUACAAUGGCUAGUCGAUACAGUACCUUACGUGCUGAUGAUCUUGAUACCAUGUUAAAUGGUGGAUUAGAACGAUUUUAUCGUAAAUACGAUCAUUUAUCCAAGAAAAUUAAUCUGCAAUUACCCACACCAGAAGUUCGUUUUGAGAAUUUAUCCUUUUCGGUUCAAGUUCCAGCGAUUGUAGGCGCUCAUGCGACCGUAGGGAGUCAUUUACAAUCGAUCUUUACACCGUGGCAAAAGGUCCCGAUGAAGACAAAACAUGCACUUCAUCCAAUGACGGGCAUUAUCAAACCUGGCUCCAUGACACUAGUUUUGGCGAAUCCUGGUGCUGUUGGACUCGUCGAUCAAACGGAUAAUCAUAUUCCAACUUUGACUGUACGUGAAACCUUCAGGUUUGCCGACAUGUGUGUCAAUGGACGUGCACAGGAUCAACCCGAGGAAAUGCGCGACAUUGCAGCACUACGGACGGAACUGUUUUUACAGAUUCUUGGACUUGAAAACUGUGCUGAUACGGUGGUUGGUGACGCCUUGCUCCGUGGUGUGAGUGGUGGAGAACGCAAACGUGUGACGGUGGGUGAAGUACUAGUUGGUGGUCAGAGUUUAUUUCUGUGUGAUGAAAUCUCCACGGGUCUUGACAGUGCUGCGACGUUUGAUAUUGUCAAGUCUAUGCGCACAUGGUGCAAGACACUGGGUGGAUCUGUCAUGGUUGCACUUUUGCAACCAACACCAGAGGUUGUUGAGAUGUUUGACGAUAUUUUGAUGAUCAAUGAAGGGUACAUGGUCUACCACGGUCCACGCACGGAGAUUCUAGACUACUUUCAGAGUCUUGGAUUUACGUGCCCACCUCGUGUUGAUCCUGCUGAUUAUCUCAUUGAAGUCACCUCGGGUCGUGGUAUUCGGUACGCCAACGGUAGCGUUUUAACUAAGGACAUGCCUGUGACUUCCGAGGAGUUUAACAAUUUGUUCUGCCAGUCUGACAUCUAUAAGAAAACUCACGAAGCCAUUAGCAAGGGCUUUAACGAGCACCAGUUUGAGAGUGCAGAAGACUUUAAGAAGGCUAAAAGCGUUGCCAAGUUGGCACGCUCGAAGCAAAACUCGGAGUUUGGCUUGGCAUUUGUCCCUAGCACGCUAUUGUUGCUGAACCGUCAGAAAUUGAUCUGGCUCCGCGACCCGCCGCUACUAUGGGGCAAGCUGAUUGAAGCUCUCGUUAUUGGUCUCGUUACGGGUAUGAUUUACUUUGACGUGAACCCAAAGUACUAUCUGCGAAUGGUCUUUUUCAGUAUUGCGCUGUUCCAGCGUCAGGCGUGGCAGCAGAUCACCAUUUCGUUCCAGUUGCGUAAGGUGUUUUACAAGCAACGUCCGCGCAACUUCUUCCGUACAACGUCGUAUGCCAUUGCAGAGAGUGUGGUGCAGAUCCCGGUAAAUGUCGCAGUGUCCUUCGUACUGAGCACGUUCUUCUAUUUCAUGAGUGGUUUGACGCGGACGUUUGAGAAGUACAUUGUGUUUUACCUGGUGUUGCUGAGUUUCCAGCAUGCUAUCAGUGCGUACAUGACAAUGCUGAGCUCGUUGUCGCCUAGUAUCACUGUUGGCCAGGCGCUUGCUUCGAUCUCUGUGAGUUUCUUCCUGUUGUUUUCGGGUAACAUCAUUUUGGCGGACCUGAUCCCGGACUACUGGGUCUGGAUGUACUGGUUCUCUCCGAUCUCGUGGGCGCUGCGUAGUAACAUGCUGUCGGAGUUUUCGAGUGAUCGUUACACGGAUGAGGAGAGCAGAACGAAGCUUGAGAGCUUUUCGAUCAGUCAAGGUACAGAGUACAUUUGGUUUGGUAUUAUCGUUCUGGUUAUCUACUACUUUGUUUUCACGACACUUAACGGCAUGGCGCUACAUUUCAUCCGGUACGAGAAGUACAAAGGUGUGACUGUCAAGGCUUUGACCGACAAGACCGAAGAAGUGGACAAUGUGUAUGUUAAGGUUAACACGCCUGGCGCUGCUGACGGAAAGGGCGGAAACGGUGGCGGUCUGCCGUUUACACCGUCGAACUUGUGCGUCAAGGACUUGGAAUACUUUGUGACGCUACCGUCGGGCGAAGAGAAGCAGCUUCUUUGUGGCAUUACGGCACACUUUGAACCAGGACGCAUGGUAGCUCUCAUGGGUGCAACGGGUGCCGGUAAGACGACGCUGAUGGAUGUGAUUGCUGGUCGAAAGACGGGUGGUCGCGUUGUGGGCGACAUUAUCGUGAACGGUGAGCCCAAGGACCCUGCAUACUUCAGUCGUAUCACAGCAUACUGCGAGCAAAUGGACAUCCACUCCGAAGGUGCUUCGAUUUUCGAAGCGUUAGUGUUCUCGGCUAAUUUGCGUCUGCCGCCUAACUUCACGAAGGAACAGCGCAUGACCCUGGUUCACGAAACUUUGGACCUCUUGGAGCUGUCUUCGAUUUCUGGCGAAAUGGUGGGCAGUUUGUCGGUGGAACAGAAGAAGCGUGUGACGAUUGGAGUUGAGGUAGUGUCGAAUCCGAGCAUUUUGUUCCUUGAUGAACCGACGAGUGGUCUUGACGCACGCUCGGCUCUUAUCGUGAUGCGUGGUGUGCAGUCAAUUGCUCGUACGGGUCGUACAGUGCUGUGCACGAUCCAUCAGCCUAGUAUUUCAAUUUUUGAGCUGUUUGACGGUCUUUUGCUGCUCCAAAGAGGCGGAUACACGGCAUACUUUGGUGACCUCGGUGUGGACUCGGUGAAGAUGCUUGAAUACUUUGCUUCGAUUCCGGGUACGAUGGAGAUUCGUCCGCAGUACAACCCAGCCACGUACAUGCUGGAAGUGAUUGGCGCUGGUAUUGGUCGUGACGUGAAGGACUACUCCGUUGAGUACAAGAACAGUGAGCUUUACAAGUCGAACCGCGAGCGCACCUUAUUGCUAGCAGAAGCGUCCGACGAAUUUGUGCGUCACUCGACGUUGAAUUACGAUCCCAUUGCAACGGGUUUUUGUAACCAGUUGAGCGAGUUGACAAAGAAGCAGCAGCUCACGUACUGGCGCAACCCUCAGUACAACUCUAUGCGAAUGUUCCUGUUUCCGCUGUUUGGUGUGAUCUUUGGCACGACGUUUUUCCAAUUGUCAGCUGAUAGCGUGAAGCGUAUUGACUCGCACAUUGGUCUCAUUUACAACAGUAUGGACUUUAUUGGUGUGAUCAAUUUGAUGACCGUAUUGGAAGUAACAUGCGCCGAGCGUGCCGUGUUUUACCGCGAGCGUAUGUCGAAUUACUAUGGUCCACUGCCAUACAGUCUAUCAUUGUGGUUUGCUGAGAUUCCGUAUCUGAUUGUGGUGAUCAUUUUGUUCGUAUCGAUCGAGUAUUGGCUUGUCGGAUGGAGUUCAAACCCUGGUGAUUUUUUCUUUUUCAUGUUUGUGUUUUACCUGUACACAUCGGCAUGCACGUACGUGGGUCAAUGGAUGUCUGCAUUGAUGCCGAAUGAAAAGGUUGCCAAUGUAGCAGUCGGUGCCCUAUCGUGUCUUUUCAAUUUGUUUUCGGGCUACUUGCUUCCACGUACUGCCAUGAAGGCCGGUUACAAGUGGUUCCAAUACCUCGUGCCGUCCAGUUAUUCCCUUGCAGCAUUGGUUGGUGUACAAUUCGGUGAUGUUCAAGACCUUGUCGCCGUUACAACGGAUGGAGUAACGACGGAUGUUACGGUGGCCAAGUACAUUGAAGAUAUCUACGACUUUCGACCGGAUAGCAAGUACAAUUUCAUGGCAGGUCUAUUGGUCAUUUGGAUUGUAUUGCAGCUUGCUGUCUAUUUGACAUUUAAGUAUGUGAGUCAUCUUAAGAGAUAA